AUGAAGCUCAUUUCUCCUGCGCCGCUAUCGUUCAGCCCGUCCCUGUCCAGUGCGUCGUCCUGGCAUACUGCACAAUCUGCAUUCCCUGGCUCUCCUACCAGCGCCUCCGGUUCUUCUACUACCUUCGCGCCUACAGAGAUCCUCCCGCGACUCUUCAUAUCCGACCUCGGCGCCGCCGAGAGCGCCACGACCCUCACCUCCCUCGGGAUCACACACGUGGUCAGCGCGAUGUGCGGCCGCGUGCUCGUCCCCUCAGGCAUGCCGCUCAAGCACCUCCAGCUUCCCAUCCACGACAAUCCCUUCGCGGAACUCGCCCAACUCCUCCCGGCAGCGACGUCCUUUGUGUCCGACGCGCUCCGCGACCCAAACGCGCGCGUUCUCGUGCAUUGUGUGCAGGGCGUCAGCCGGAGUUCCAGUGUCGUCUGCGCCUUCCUCAUCGCCCACUACGGCUGGUCCCCCGACCGCGCCCUCCAGUUCGUCCGCUCCAAGUGGAGCCGCGCAGACCCAAACCCCGGGUUUGUCGGCCAGCUGAGCGAGUACGCGGAGUCGCUGCGAGCGCCCGCCCGUCAAUAG